AUGGGAACAUUGUGGGGUAAGCGAGGAAAGGAUUGGACCAAAAAUUUGUCAUCGGGAAAGGAGUUCACAGAUAAUUGCAUGAAAGGAAUUGCAGAAGAAGUAGAAAAAUUCCACAGUUAUAAUGUCUUGGCUUUUGACCGUGAAAGUCAUUAUUUCGUGGUUCAAGAGACGGUUAAUAACAGGAAUUGUCGGCCACUUACCCAUUUCAACGUCAACCUCCAAACACGAACUUGUGACUGUGGGAGAUUUCAAACUUUUCAUCUGCCUUGCUCACAUGCUAUCGCAGCGUGUUCUCACAUUAACCAUGACUAUACUACGGUUAUUCCUGACUUGUAUAGAGUUAUAAACGUCUUCAAAAUUUACAUACAAAGUUUCCUCGGUGUACCCCAAGAAGAUAAUUGGCCUUCAUAUUUGGGCGAUACUCUUAUGCAUGAUGAAAGGAUGCGACAAAACAAAAAAGGUCGCACAAACAGUACUCGUAUUAGAACUGAAAUAGACACUGUUUAA